AUGUCGUCAUCCGACAUACCCACCAAGAUGCGGGCCCUACGUCUCGUCAAGUACAAUACAAACUACAAACUUGAGAAUGACGUGCCGGUCCCUGAACCCGGGAUUGGAGAAGUGCUGGUGCGUGUACACGCGUCCGGCUUCUGUCACACGGACUAUCAGGUGUACCAGGGGGUAUAUUCGACGAAGCUGCCCAUGUCGCCGUCCCACGAGCCGGCGGGCAUGAUUGCAGCUCUGGGACCAAGGGUACCAUCGGAAUGGCAGGUUGGGCAGCGCGUUGGGGUAAUAAACUUCCGAAGCCCGUGCGGCGACUGCAACGGUUGCCGGUGGCAAAAGCAAAAGUCGGCGGCAAGUCGGCUCGAUGCGCGCUACUGUGAUAAUAAGACCAUGUCCGGGAUCACAGUAGAUGGUGGGCUCGCCGAGUACAUGGUCACUGAGGUCGCGUGUCUGGUGCAUCUACCCGAUAGAUUGCCAUUUGAGCAGGCAGCCCCUUUGAUGUGCGCUGGGGCUACGGUUUGGAAUGCGAUCCGUGGGGCCAAUCUGAACGAUGGGGAUUCGAUUGCGAUCAUUGGCAUCGGCGGGCUGGGCGUGUUGGGCAUACAGUUUGCCAAAGCGCUCGGGUAUCGGACCGUAGCCAUUGACAACCGUGACAUUAGCCUCCAGCUUGCGGCCAAAGCCACGUUGAAACCCGACCUCAUUGUAUCCUAUAAUGACCCGGAUGCCACAGCGAAAAUCGCAGAAUUUUCUGGUGGUGUUGGCUUGAAGGCUGUGGUGGUCUGUACCGAUAAUGUCUCCGCCAGUAAUUGGAGCAUUACGCUGUUGCAACCCCACGGUACCUGUGUGGUACUUGGGCUUCCCGAUAAUGGCUAUCUCUUCGACUCGUUUGCUUUGGUAUUCCGAGAGAUCGUCGUGAAAGGCUCCCUCCAUGCUCCGCGAGACGCAGUGGAGGAAAUGAUGGAGGUGGUGGAGAAGCACAACAUCAUGAGUCACUUGACGACAGUCCAUUUGGAUGAUGCAGAGAUGUUGCCCGAACGAGUAGCGGCCCAUGACUUUCAGGGACGGUUAGUGGUUCUGAUCGAUUAA